CCGGCCUGGCUAGGGGAGGGGGCAGGGGCCCUUUCCUGGGCCAGCUUCCCCCUCCCCCGGCUUUGCUUGUGCCCCAUCCUUCCCGUUUUCACCUUCCUCUCCUCUUUUCCUCCCUCCUUCCCCUCCAUUUGCUCCUUCGCCCUCUCCUCUCUCCCCAUCUUUCCUCCAUUUUCUCCUUUCCCUUUCCUCCCUUCCCCAGCCCACUCUCUCCUCUUCCACCUGUCCUUCCACCUCUCCUUCCUCCUUGCUUCCUGAGAGCCUCCGUUUUGGAUUAGUUGGGGGCCACCGCUGGAGGCGGGGGAGGGGGCCCUGUGGACUGCCCUCUCCCCCCGCCCCAGCCACACCGCCAUCCAGUGCCAGAGCAUCUCCCCGCUGUCUUUUCUCGGGCCUCGAGGGAGCCCAGCUCUCCGUCCCACCAAGAUCCGUGGCGAGUGGGGGCCGCGGCAGCUGCGUCCCCAUGAGGAGGGGAGGAAGAUGCCGGCUGAGCUGCUGCUGCUGAUGAUCGUCGCCUUUGCCAGCCCCAGCUGCCAGGUGCUGUCAUCACUGCGCAUGGCUGCAAUCCUGGAUGACCAGACAGUGUGUGGCCGUGGCGAGCGUCUAGCCCUGGCCCUGGCUCGGGAGCAGAUCAACGGGAUCAUCGAGGUCCCAGCCAAGGCCCGAGUGGAAGUAGACAUCUUUGAGCUGCAGCGGGACAGCCAGUACGAGACAACGGACACCAUGUGUCAGAUCCUGCCCAAGGGGGUCGUGUCUGUGCUGGGGCCCUCCUCUAGCCCUGCAUCUGCUUCCACCGUGAGCCAUAUCUGUGGAGAGAAGGAGAUCCCCCACAUCAAGGUGGGUCCCGAGGAGACGCCUCGCCUUCAGUACCUUCGUUUUGCGUCUGUCAGCCUGUACCCCAGUAACGAGGACGUCAGCCUGGCGGUCUCCCGAAUCCUCAAGUCCUUCAACUACCCCUCGGCCAGCCUCAUCUGUGCCAAGGCCGAGUGCCUGCUGCGAUUGGAGGAGCUGGUACGAGGCUUCCUCAUCUCCAAGGAGACGCUGUCAGUGAGGAUGCUGGAUGAUAGCCGGGACCCCACGCCGCUGCUCAAGGAGAUCCGUGAUGACAAGGUGUCCACCAUUAUCAUCGAUGCCAAUGCCUCCAUCUCCCACCUCAUCCUCCGUAAGGCCUCAGAGCUGGGAAUGACGUCUGCGUUUUACAAGUAUAUCCUCACCACCAUGGACUUCCCCAUCCUGCACCUGGACGGGAUUGUGGAGGACUCCUCCAAUAUCCUGGGCUUCUCCAUGUUCAACACCUCGCACCCCUUCUACCCCGAGUUCGUGCGCAGCCUCAACAUGUCCUGGAGGGAGAACUGUGAAGCCAGCACCUACCCAGGCCCUGCGCUGUCAGCUGCCCUGAUGUUUGACGCUGUGCACGUGGUGGUGAGUGCCGUCCGGGAGCUAAACCGCAGCCAGGAGAUCGGUGUGAAGCCACUAGCCUGUACAUCAGCCAACAUUUGGCCCCACGGGACCAGCCUCAUGAACUACCUGCGCAUGGUAGAGUAUGAUGGGCUGACCGGGCGGGUUGAAUUCAACAGCAAAGGGCAGAGGACCAACUACACCCUACGCAUCCUAGAGAAGUCCCGGCAGGGCCACCGUGAGAUCGGGGUGUGGUACUCUAACCGGACCCUGGCCAUGAACGCCACCACCCUGGACAUCAACCUGUCGCAGACACUGGCCAACAAGACGCUGGUGGUCACAACCAUUUUGGAAAACCCAUAUGUCAUGCGCCGGCCCAACUUCCAGGCCCUGUCGGGAAAUGAGCGCUUCGAGGGCUUCUGCGUGGACAUGCUGCGGGAGCUGGCUGAGCUGCUGCGCUUCCGCUACCGCCUGCGGCUGGUGGAAGACGGGCUGUACGGGGCACCUGAGCCCAAUGGCUCCUGGACAGGCAUGGUCGGCGAGCUCAUCAACCGGAAGGCAGACCUGGCGGUGGCUGCAUUCACCAUCACAGCUGAGCGGGAAAAGGUCAUCGACUUCUCCAAACCCUUCAUGACCCUGGGGAUCAGCAUCCUCUACCGAGUGCACAUGGGGCGCAAGCCCGGCUACUUCUCCUUCCUGGACCCCUUCUCCCCUGCUGUGUGGCUCUUCAUGCUUCUCGCCUACCUGGCUGUCAGCUGCGUCCUGUUCCUGGCCGCCAGGCUGAGCCCCUAUGAGUGGUAUAACCCACACCCAUGCCUGCGGGCACGCCCCCACAUCCUGGAGAACCAGUACACGCUGGGCAACAGCCUCUGGUUCCCCGUCGGGGGCUUCAUGCAGCAGGGCUCAGAAAUCAUGCCCCGGGCUCUGUCCACUCGCUGUGUCAGUGGAGUCUGGUGGGCCUUCACCUUGAUCAUCAUCUCCUCCUACACGGCCAACCUGGCCGCCUUCCUCACCGUGCAGCGCAUGGAGGUGCCUGUGGAAUCGGCUGACGACCUGGCAGACCAGACCAACAUUGAGUACGGCACCAUCCACGCUGGCUCCACCAUGACCUUCUUCCAGAAUUCACGGUAUCAGACAUACCAGCGGAUGUGGAACUAUAUGCAGUCAAAGCAGCCCAGCGUGUUCGUCAAAAGCACGGAGGAGGGCAUCGCCCGCGUCCUCAACUCCCGCUAUGCCUUCCUGCUCGAGUCCACCAUGAACGAGUACCACCGACGCCUCAACUGCAACCUCACCCAGAUCGGGGGCCUCCUCGACACCAAGGGCUACGGCAUCGGCAUGCCGCUGGGCUCCCCGUUCCGGGAUGAGAUUACGCUGGCCAUCCUGCAGCUUCAAGAGAACAACCGGCUGGAGAUCCUGAAGCGCAAGUGGUGGGAGGGGGGCCGGUGCCCCAAGGAGGAGGACCAUCGAGCUAAAGGUCUGGGCAUGGAGAAUAUUGGUGGCAUUUUUGUCGUGCUCAUCUGUGGCCUCAUCAUUGCUGUCUUCGUGGCGGUCAUGGAGUUCAUAUGGUCCACGCGGAGGUCAGCAGAGUCGGAAGAGGUGUCCGUGUGCCAGGAGAUGCUGCAGGAGCUGCGGCACGCGGUGUCCUGCCGCAAGACGUCGCGCUCCCGCCGGCGCCGGCGCCCGGGGGGCCCGAGCCGGGCCCUGCUGUCGCUGCGCGCCGUCCGCGAGAUGCGCCUCAGCAACGGCAAGCUCUACUCGGCCGGCGCCGGCGGGGACUCGGGCGGCGCGCACGGGGGUCCCCAGCGCCUCCUGGAUGACCCGGGGCCGCCUGGAGUGUCCCGGCCCCUCACCUCUACCCCCUGCACCCACGUGCGUGUCUGCCAGGAGUGCCGGCGCAUCCAGGCGCUGCGGACCUCUGGGGCCGGCGCGCCCCCGCGUGGACUGGGCGCCCCCGCCGAGGCCACCAGUCCUCCCCGGCCGCGGCCCGGCCCUCCCGGCCCCCGAGAGCUCGCUGAGCACGAGUGACCACGGGCGAGGCCGGACAGGCAUGUGGACUGGCCGCAGGGACGGGCCACCCCGGACCCCCGGCCGUCCCCGCCUCCACAGCGAGCAAGAGACAGGACUUGCGCCGCGGCGGGCCGGACGCCAAGAUUUUGCCUUGGAUUCCUGAUGAAGUCUGAGGCUCGGCUCUGGAGCCUGCCUGCGCCCCCUAGUGGAUUCGCCAGAGGGUGCCGCGGACCGCGCUCGCUGCCCCCCCUGCGGAUGGGAGGAGCGCAGGAACCGGGGCUUCCAGGGGCCGGGGACUACGGGGCUCUUCCCGGGAGCGGAGAGCAGUCCGCUGGGAGAACCCCAUCCUGGGGCUGCUCAGGCUCCCAAGAAUUGACACAGCUCCCCACUUCUGGAGGAGGGCCUCUGGGCAGAUGGGUGUCCCCUGGCGCCCCUCGCCUCUUUUUUCUCUCUUUUUUGGGGGGAGAAACUUCGGAAUUUCUAUGAGACCUCCCCCUGACACACCCCAGUCCCGUUGGAAUAAAAAAAAGAGAACA